CAUUCAUUCUGCAAUUCUCCCAAUUCUUUGGUGUCUGUGGAGGAAGCCUAAAUUCACCCUUAUUUGGCUCUUUUGGGUUUUUUUUGUGAGGAUCAAUGGAAACUAUUCUUGAACAUUCGGUUUCUCCAUGUGAGAAUACCUGCAAUAAUGUUGAUGAAGAAGAGUCAGAUGAGGAGCUUUUCAAGGUUGGACCCAAGCUACUAUUUUGUGCUUCCUCCAUUUCACUCACCGCGGAAGAGUUUCGAAGUCUAAGCGUGGGGGAAGAUCAUGAUAUGGAUGAGGAUUCUACUAGAGAAGUUAUCAAAGAGGAUAAAGUAAAUGAGGAGUCGAUAAGAGAAGCUUCGGAGAAUCAGACAGAUCAGUCUGAAACAACUACUUCCAAGCCUAGCACUUCAGAUUCAGAUGGUUGGCAAGGAUUCAUUAAAAGACUAAAGAAAGGACCAUCUAUACAGUUGCAUACGUUCCAUCCUACCAUUCCUUCGCUACCUUCAUUACCUUCCAUAAAGAUGCUAUCCAAAAGAAAAAGUAGGAGUGCACGACGUAGCAUGCCAAUGCUGCCUGCUCCUAUUCUAGAUGCUGAUUUGCAACAGUGCUUUGAAGCUAACUGGAAGAAUUUCUCCCUCACAGAACUUAAGCAAGCUACCAACAACUUUAGCUCUGAUAACUUGAUUGGUGAGGGAGGUUAUUCUGAAGUAUACAAGGGACUUCUCAAAGAUGGCCAACCUGUGGCAGUGAAAAGGUUGACCAGAGGAUCUCAAGAGGAAAUGACGUCGGACUACUUAUCUGAGCUAGGAAUUUUAGUACAUGUCAAGCAUGCAAAUGUUGCCAAUGUAAUUGGCUACGGAGUCGAAGGGGGGAUGCACCUUGUUCUUCCUUUGUCUCCUCAUGGAAGCUUAGCCAAUAUGCUCAGUGGUGACAGGGGUAAAUUGACUUGGCAAGUAAGGUAUAAUAUUGCUCUUGGCACUGCAGCAGGUCUUGCAUAUCUUCACGAGGGCUGCCAGAGGCGGAUUAUCCACAGAGAUAUCAAGGCUGCUAAUGUAUUGUUGACAGAAGAUUUUGAGGCUCAGAUAACUGAUUUUGGACUUGCAAAAUGGCUCCCUGAUAAGUGGACUCACCUCACUGUAUCCCAGGUUGAAGGCACCUUUGGAUACCUCCCUCCUGAGUUCUUUAUGCAUGGUAUUGUGGAUGAAAAAACUGAUGUGUAUGCUUUUGGUGUGUUACUGUUGGAGAUCGUUUCUGGACGUCCAGCUUUGGAUGAAGCUCGUAAUAGUGUUGUGAUGUGGGCAAAACCAUUGCUUCUCAACAAGAAAAAUAGUGAGAUAGUCGAUCCAUCACUUGGAGAUGCAUACGACUUAGAACAGCUUAAUCAGAUUCUUAUGGUUGCCUCAUUGUGCAUACAACAAUUUUCAACAGAUAGGCCUUCAAUGAUCCAGGUUGAACAAAUGUUAGUUGCUGUUGACGGAAUUCUACAGAGCAAGAAAAAGUUUCAAAGGUGGCCUCCCCUAAAGCGAAGAUGCGCCAUAGAGCUGGAUGCACUACUUGAGUCACCCUAACAAAAACAUACAGAUAUAAUCUAAAAACCAGUAAAAUCAGGUAGAACUAGAGAUAUUUUCCUUGUUAGCAGCAGUGAGGGAUUGGUCUUCAAUGCGAUUGAUCAUACUGUAGUUAAUGUAUGCAACCACACGCGGAGCUUGUUCUAUACCAGUUAAGACGGAAUUUGAGAAACAGAAUAUAUUAAUCCAACCAGGACAAGUAUUCAAAAUAACAAGUGUAAUGCUUCAAGAGUACUUUCAAGUUUUGACAGGCGUACGUACAUAGCAGCUUUCUUCAGUGAAUAUAUUCAGCUACUAUAUGUUGAGGAAGAAAAGAGAUGCCAACAUUUCUAGGG